UGUUGUUUCUUUGUGGUAUAACCUAUGAACUCAUUCCAACUUAAUACACAUGUAUGAAGCAACUAUUGUUGUUUAAACAGUAAGAAAGAUCAGUGUUUAUUCCAUGCUCUUAAGAGAUUUUUAAUCUUGGGAGGGUUUUAGGCAGGUAAAUAAAUAGUCAAAGGUAUUUUAAAGUAGGUACAAAGUACUGUGGGGAUCCAGGAGAGAAAUUAUACCUCCUUGGGGGAGAUCUAGGUCUUAAGGGCAAGCAGUUGUCAGUCCUUGCUUGCACAGGCGCUCAGGGUGAAGGAGGCACAGGACAACACAUGAUGUUUCAGAGAAAGUAUCUCCAGUAAACACACAAACACAGACACAGGGUAGUCAUAUCAAGGGAAUAAUAAGUCAUUUACUUUAUCUAGAAUUGAGGUUUCUUAGCACUAUCUUUGGAGAAACAAUGGGAGAUAAGAUUGCAAAAGUAGAUUGGGGGCUUAUUUAAGAGGAACUUAGAGUAUGCAAUUGGUUAUGAUAUAAGAGGCACUACCGAGGUAAAGAUGUUCAUGAUAGUUUACCAUAGUCAUUGCUGCCCUAGGGAAUCUAAACUAACCAAAACACCCACCAUCUCUUCUCACAUAUGAUUUUAUUAUUUAAAAUGGUUACAUACCAUUUUAUAUGGAUGUACCAAUGUACAUGUAAUUAAUUUUCUGUUGUUGGACCUGCAGAUUGUUUCUAAUAUUCUGUCAUUGCAAUAACAUUAUUAUAUUUUUUGCUAAAUAUGAUCAUUUUUACAUUACUUCUAUAGGCUAGACUCUUGGAUAUUAAACUGAUGGGAUAAAGUAAUUUAAGAUUGCUGACCAUAUUUUAAGAUUAAUCUGUUUAAGCAUUUGCAAAAAUGUACAGAAACUUACAGUACUACCUAAUCUUUUAAAUGUAGUAGUCUGUAUGCCUUUUAGUUUUUGCCUCUGAUUUCCUUACAGGUGAUCUAAGACUGAUAAAUUUUACUUUAGGAAAACUACUACUUAAAAAUAAAACAUCUUAGUCUCAAUAAAAAAGACUUUGAUCAGCUUGACUAAGUAUUUAGAAAGCACACUGGGUUGAGCAAAACUUUCUAUGUAAUAAAUAAUGAAGGUAACAAAAGAUCAUAUUGGAUGACUAGUCUGUAAUUGCCUCAAGGAAAGCAUUCAAUGAAACAAGUUAUUUUGGUUACUUUCUGAAGUAGCCAACACAAUAGGGCAAGUGGAGGAAAUGUCCCAUGAACAUGAUAAAAGGAGAACUUGAAAACCUAACGUGUAAACUUGGAGAAAUGACAAUAUUAGAAAACAAAACCAACAAAAGAACCCCUACCCCCACCUCCAGAAUGACCUGAGAUGCAUGAAAGACAAACAUUUCACCCGAGUUGGAGUUUUACUAAGUCAGCAACAGAGUAGCAUGUCUGACCUUCACCAUGAUUAACAAGCACUUCUUUGAAAUUGUGUUGGUGGGGCUGGCCUCUUCCACUAUCUUCUCUCUAGAAUUGAAAUUGGUUCUCUUUCAGCAGAGAAGAGUGAACAGAGAGAGUAUAAAACUUUUGAAUGAAUUGCAGACCUCAUCAAUUCAGCAGUGUCUACCACACAGGAAAAACUUCCUGCUCCCUGAGAAGCCAGUGAGUCCUCAGCAGUACCAAGAAGGACAUGCACUGGCCCUGCUCCAUGAGACACUUCAGCAGAUCUUCAACCUCUUCAGGGCAAAUAUUUCACUGGAUGGUUGGGAGGAAAGCCACGUGGAGAAGUUUCUCAUUGAACUUCAUCACCAGCUGGAAUACCUAGAAGCUCUCAUGGGACUGGAAGCAGAGCAGAGGAGUGGGACCGUGGGUAUUGAGGAACUCAGGUUACAGGUUAAAAUGUACUUCCGAAGGAUCCAUGAUUACCUGGAAAACCAGGAAUACAGCAGCUGUGCCAGGACCAUCGUCCAAGUCGAAAUCAAUCGGUGUCUGUUGUUUGUGUUCAGACUCACAGAAAAGCUGAGCAAACAAGGAAUGAACCCUUGAAUGAUAAGGAACAAGAGCCCACCACAGACUUUAAAAGCAGCCAGGGUAGCUGGAAGGGCUAGAGGACUUCUCCAGAUACUAUUAUUUCUGUUUGUUGUAAAAUGGUUAGUAUUGUUUUGAUUUCGUGUAUAUGUAUUUAUCUGUUUUAACAUUGUGCAUAUUCACCACAAAUUGUUUUCUUUUAUAAUAUUGCUCUAUAUUUCCUAUCCAUUUUAGUUGUUCAUAAGUCGAAGUAAAUUCAUUAAAUAUUUUAUAACUGGUUCUUCAAAUGUAUGUAUGUUUACAAAGUAUGGCUGGGUUGAUAUAAUGAGAUAUGCCUGUAAUGUUAUCAUACUUUCUUUAACAUAGAACUCCAUUCCAAUGAUUUUAUUUGCUAGAAAUUGGUAUAGACAAUGAGAAAUACUAGGAAUAAUUUGCAUUGUAAGGUUUGAAAAUAUUAUGUAGUGAAUAGUUAAGUUAUGGAAGAUAGAAUAGAAAUAUGACCAAAGGACAUGAACAAAGUUUUCAGAGGGAAAAAUGCAUGAAAAGAGGUUCAACCUCACUCAUAAUAAUAAAAACACAAGU